AACAAACAUGUAGGUGGAAUGGAAAUUUAAAAUGAACUUGUGACUUGAAGCAGCCAAUGAGAUGAAAGUCCCCAGUAGAAAGUUCUCAGUGGUUUGGUUUCUAAAUUCUUUCAAACACCUCGACCCAAGUACCAUGUCAUUUAUGAGGAUGGCUCUACGCUGGAUUCUUAUUUUAUCUUUCAAAAUAAUAUUUUCAGCCCAAGCUGCGGAUUUUAACCGACCAUCGUUUGUCUCAGUGAAGUCUGGAGAACGUGUUACUCUGAACUGCACAUUUCAGGAUGAAUACAGUAAAGAACUUAUGAUUUGGUACAAGCAAACAUUUGGAGAGUUGCCACAGGAAGUGGGGAAAAUUACAGCAAAUAUAGACAUCGAAAUGUCAGCCGAGUUUAGGUCAGGAUUUAAAAUAGAGAAAAGUGUGAAUGGUAUUUCUUUGACAAUUGUACGAGUGAAAAAAUCCGAUGAAGGACUGUAUUUCUGUGGAAUAUAUACCUGGGGCAAUUCUGCAAUUUCCAGUGGAACAUUCAUAGCUGUGACAGGUAAACCAGAUUUAAACGUCUCAGUGUUCCAGAGCGGCAUGUCGGACUCGGUUCCUGCAGGAGCGUCAGUGACUCUGCAGUGCUCGGUUCUCUCUGAGAGCAGAUCAGCAGAACUCCAAGUGCUCUGGUUCAGAGCUGCUCCACCACAAUCCUAUCCUCAAAUCAUUUACACUCAUCACAACAGCAGCCAUCAGUGUGAGAGCGGCUCUUCUACACACACUUGUGUGUACAACUUGUCCAAGAACAUCCUCAGCCUCAAUGAUACUGGAACUUACUACUGCGCUGUGGCCAUGUGUGGGAAGAUCAUUUUUGGGAACGGGACACGAGUACAAUUGGCUAUGAAUACAUUCACUGACCAACAUCACAAGGGAUCUGAUUCUGUAGUGAUCUCCCUUGCUGUAGCAUUGGCAGUGUGUGUGGUCGUGAUUUUUGCUCAAGCUAUUUUAAACUGUAAAAAACAAAACUCAGUGAAACUUCCACAAGGUGCUCUGAAAGUAAAUCAGGCCCGUGAUGCCGUGGAGAUGAAUUAUGCUGCCCUAAAUUUCAGUGAGAGGAAAACUAAAAGCGAAAGAGCCAAAAAAAGACAACCUCAAGAUACUGUUUAUUCUGAAGUGAUACACACUCCUGUUACUUAGAUUACUGUUAAUUUAUCACUAAUUUUUAUAACAGAUGUUUGUCUGCUCAAAAGCAAUGUUUGAGCCAAAUCGAUGUAAAAGCAUUCAUUGUCACAUAAAAUCGAGUGAGAGAGAGAAAUCAUAAACUUCGUCAUAUGUUACAGGACUUGCCUAAAAAGGUUUGAGGGAAAUGUUGAGUAGCAAUUGUAAUUAGAAAAUUCGGCAUUGUGAAUCAUGCUGCUAUAAUGACAUAAUUUUGCCAAAAAGUGCUUUUUAACCUAUGCGUAGUUUUAUAUAACUGAUAAAGUGGUGUGGCCUGUUUAUUUAUCAACUUGUAUAACUAUUUUAUUGUUUUCUACUGUGCAACAUCUCCAAAGUCAUGGUGUAAUAGUCCAGUCUAGAGGUGAUAAUUUGUGCUUGAGGAGAUCAGCAAGAUUCACCGGAGCUAAACCAUUUAGAACUUUAAACAUCAUGAGCAGAACGUUGUCAAGAAAGUGGAACUUAUUGGACAGACAUAUGACAAGGAUAGUGUGCACUGAAUUACUUUCCCUGCACUGUAAAACCGGAUAAGUUCAUUUAACUCAAAAAAUUUG